AUGAGAUUCAACGCCCCAGCUUUCCUCAGCGUUUUCGCAAGCGUCGCUACAGCCAACCCCCUUGACUGGUUUGGCAUCGCCUCCUGGGAUGUGGAAGGGUUUGCCAAAGACAACCCGCUCGGUAAGACCACGGGAGGCAAAGGUGGCCCAACCGUGACCGUGACGAGCGUCCCGGAGCUCCAGACUGCUGUCACGGGAGCUGACCCAAAGACUAUCGUCCUGAAGGGCGAGUUUGUCCUUCCGGCUCGUCUCAAGGUCGGCUCUAACAAGAGCCUUGUCGGGUACAAGACGACAGCGCACAUCACCGGCAAGGGCGUUGACGUCUUCAACUCGACCAAUGUUAUCCUGCAAAAUCUCAAGAUCAGCCAUAUCCUUGACAAUGACUGCAUCACUAUCCGCAAUUCCACAAGGGUCUGGGUUGACCACAAUGAAUUCACUUCAGACAUUACCAAGGGACCUGACUUUUACGACGGCCAGGUUGACAUCAUCCGCGCCUCGGACUGGGUCACCGUCUCCUGGAACUACUUCCACGACCACUGGAAGUCCUCUCUCGUCGGCAACGACGCCACCUUCCGCGACCUCGACUCCGGCCACCUGCACGUUAGCUACCACCACAACUACUGGAAGAACAUGGGCACGCGUGGACCUGCUGGACGUUUCGGCCACCAGCACAUCUACAACAACUUGUAUGAGGACUUCCUCUACCAAGCCAUCCAUUCGCGCUCCGACAACCAGGUUCUCGUCGAAGGCAACGUCUUCCGCGGAAACACGCGCGAAGCUCUCAGCACGUACGGGCUUGUUAUUCCCGAUGACUCCCCAAACACUUGCACCUGCGGUGAUGAGGAAUUGGAUGGGUUUGCCAACCUUGGUGCCCGUAACGACUGGGGCAAGGCUGGCGUCAACAUUACCCGGAAGGGCGACUUUUACAAGGCCCCCUACAAGUUCAAGCUUACCCCUCUCCCUCUUCUUGCGCCCAUCAUCAAGCUUGGUGCUGGAAUCGGAAGGAUUUAG